AUGGUUAUGGAUUCUCUGCCAUCACUGUCGCAAUCCACCAUGAAACGUAGAAUCUCUCUUCUCCUGAUCCAUCUCGUCGUCCUCUCUUUACUUCCGUUGAAGAUCAGAUCCCAACCAAGAAGAUCUCAAGCCGAAGCUCUUGUCCGAUGGAAGAACAGCUUCAUCUCCUCUCCGACAUCUCUGAACUCUUGGUCCCUGUCGAAUAUCAGAAACCUCUGCAACUGGACUUCCAUCUCCUGCGAUUCCUCUGGAUCUGUCUCUGAGAUAAACCUCUUGGUUUCCGACAUCAAUGGAACUCUCUCCAGACUCGAUUUCUCGGCGUUUCCGAAUUUGACAACAUUUGAUCUCAACAACAACUUGAUCGGUGGUCAAGUUCCUGCUUCAAUCGCCAAUCUCACCAAGCUCACUUACUUGGAUCUGAGUUUUAAUUACUUCGAAGGUGAGUUACCUCGUGAACUCGGGAGUUUGACGGAGCUCGAGUUCUUGAGCGUUUAUGCCAACAAUCUCAACGGUUCCAUCCCCUCUGAGAUCAGUAAUCUGAAGAAGUUACGGCGGCUAGAACUCGGUUACAACUACUUCGUCUCCGGAGAAUGGUCUGAAUUUUCAGAAUUCCCUCUGUUGACGUAUCUCAGCUUAGCCUUCAACGAGAUUUCAUCGGACCAAAUCCCCAGUUUCAUCCUCAGAUGUCGGAAUCUAACCUAUCUCGAUCUGUCCUUGAAUUUCUACAUCGCCGGCCAAAUACCCGAAUCCAUUUUCACCAAUCUGAGGAAUCUUCAGUACCUCAAUCUCAGCGACAAUUCGUUAACCGGGUCAUUGUCACCGAACAUCUCCAAUCUCUCUAGGCUCGUGGAUCUUCAACUGCAGAACAACAAGCUCUCUGGUCCGAUCCCUGACACCAUCGGAACUUUGCCUGAAAUCGAAGUUAUCAAUCUGUCCAACAACUCCUUCUCGGGUUCAAUCCCAGGUUCCGUAGGACGGCUGCAGAAGCUUCAGAGACUCGAUCUCCAUAAGAAUCUCUUGAAUGCAACCAUACCUUCACCACUCGGCCUCUGCACGAACCUAACUUUCUUGGCAUUGGCCGAGAACAGACUCACAGGAGAAUUACCUGUCUCUUUGUCCCGUCUUGUUCGGAUAUCAGAGCUCGGGCUUUCGGGCAAUUCUCUCUCUGGUGAGGUCUCUCCAGCUCUGAUCAGUAACUGGACGAAACUAAUCUCGUUGCAGUUGCAGAAAAACAAGUUCAUUGGCAGGAUACCUGUGGAGAUCGGAUUGCUAACUAAUCUCCAAUUCCUCUUUCUUUUCAACAACGGCUUCUCUGGGUUAAUACCUUCAGAGAUAAGCAAUCUGAAGAGUCUGCAAGAGUUGGAUCUUUCUGAUAAUCGUCUCUCUGGUCUGAUCCCUUUCGGGUUGUGGAGCCUCUCGAGGUUACAGAGGCUUCAGCUCUUCGGAAACAAUCUCACAGGUUCUCUUCCACCUGAAAUCGGGAACUUGACAUCUCUCAUCACUCUUGACCUCAACACAAACGAGCUCUCUGGGCAGCUUCCUUCAACGAUUUCGAGGCUAGUAAACCUCACCUACAUCUCCCUCUUCACUAACAACUUCACAGGCACGAUCCCGAGCAAUUUCGGGAAGGAUAUUCCUGGAUUAUUCUUUGUUAGCUUCUCAAAUAACAGCUUCACAGGUGAACUUCCGCCUGAGCUCUGCAGUGGGUUGAAUCUUGAGGUCCUGACAGUGAACAGUAACAGAUUCACGGGUCCCCUCCCGAGCUGCUUGAAGAACUGUUCGAAGUUGAGCAGGGUCCGGUUUGAUCAGAACCAGUUUAAUGGCAGCCUCACCGAUGCAUUUGGCAUUCACCCAGCACUGGACUUCGUCGCCCUGAGCGAUAACGAUUUCUCUGGCGAGCUGUCAAAACAAUGGGGACAAUGCACAAACAUAUCUCAGUUGAGAAUUGAGCAGAACAGAAUUAACGGGCGAAUUCCAGCAGAGCUUGGGAAUCUUCCUCGGUUAGGCGUCUUGACUCUGGGCUCAAACCUGUUAACCGGUGAAAUUCCAAGUGAGCUGGGAAAUCUGACCUCACUGUACAUGCUAGGAUUAAGCAGGAACCGAUUGACAGGAGAGAUUCCCCGAAGUAUCGGAAACGUUACAAAUCUCAACUUUCUUGAUUUUUCAGACAAUGAAAUAAACGGAAGCAUACCGGGAGAGAUGGGGAAGUGUCAAAAGCUUUUGAGCUUAAACCUCAGCCACAACAGUCUUUCAGGCGAAAUCCCCCGAGAGAUAACCAAUCUUGUUUCGCUUCAGUCAUUAUUAGACCUGAGCAGCAACAGGCUCUCCGGGCCAAUUCCCGCAGAUUUGUCCAGACUGAGGUCGGUGGAGAUAUUGAAUCUCUCGCGGAACCAACUCUCGGGUUCUAUCCCUACAACACUGUCUGGAAUGCUCAGUCUUCACACCUUUGAUUUCUCAUAUAACCUCUUGACGGGUCCAGUGCCAACAACAGGAGUGUUUAGAAAUUCUAGCUCGGUUCCUUUUCUUGGUAAUAUAGGCUUGUGCGGAAACCAAGAGGGUCUGAAUCCAUGCGGAGGAGGAAAUGAUUCAGAUGACGACAACAAUAACAACAACAAAAGGAAAAUCCUCAUUGGUGUCCUCGUGCCAAUCUCAGCUCUCGUAGUCAUCUUAGCUGUAAUAGCCAUUGUCCGAUGCCGCAAGCUGUCUGAACUCGGGGACGAAGAGAAAAAUAGCUACGAGCCGACCAUAUGGUAUAAAGAAGGGAAAUUCACGUUCAGGGAAAUCGUCAAGGCAACUGACGAUUUCAAUGAGAAAUUCUGCAUUGGCAGAGGCGGGUUUGGGAGCGUGUACCGAGCGGAACUACCCUCGGGCCAAGUUGUUGCAGUUAAAAAGCUCGAUACCCAAUACAGCUCGGAAACUCCUCUCGAAAACCGCAAGAGCUUCGAGAACGAGAUACGUGUGCUGACAGAGAUACGCCAUAGGAACAUCAUCAAGCUCUAUGGUUUCUGUUCAAGACAAGGCGCUCUGUUCUUGGUAUACGAGUACAUCGAACGUGGAAGCUUGGCCAAGGUCCUGCAAAGUGAAGCGAUCGAUUGGCCAACGCGGAUCAGGAUCGUUCACGGCCUCGCUCACGCGGUCGCAUACCUUCACCAUGACUGCACUUCCCCAAUCGUUCACAGAGACAUUUCGUCGAACAACUUGUUGCUAGAGUCAGAGUACGAACCGAGGCUCGCUGAUUUCGGCACGGCCAGGCUUCUGAACCCAGAUUCAUCAAACUGGACCUCCGUCGCCGGAUCCUACGGUUACAUGGCUCCAGAGCUAGCGCAGACGAUGAGAGUGACGGAGAAAUGCGACGUUUACAGUUUCGGAGUGGUGACGCUGGAAGCGAUGAUGGGUCGACAUCCAGGAGAGCUUCUGAACUUACUGCAAUCUCCGACGUUGUUGUCUUCGGAGAAAUCAGAAAUGAAUCUGAAAGACAUACUAGAUUCCCGGCUGCAGCCGCCGACUGGAGUAGUUGCAGAGGAAGUUGCAGUGGCCGUGGCAUUAGCCCUAGCUUGCACGCGAAGCAACCCCGAGCUGCGACCUACCAUGAGGUCGGUGGCGCAAGACCUCUCACCCAAGCCGCAGGGUUAUUUCGAUGUGCCGUUAGACCGUCUUACAAUAAACAAACUUGUAGGAUUCACCCACAGUUAAAAAAAAAAGUUAUGUAAUUUUAUAUUUCGAUUC